CUUCACUUGCCUUCACUUCAAUAAAAAGGGAACCAAAGUCCCCACUCAAAACCCAUCUCCACUGCUUAGUGCUUCCUUUGAAGCAAUUCCGAUUCCCUCUCAUUCCCAGACUGUAGCGUUGGUAUAUGAGGACGAGGAGGUGGAACAGGGAUAGCAGCCAAGCUGGGUAAGGCCGGGGAGCUGCUGGGCAUCUUGGAUUGCAUCAAUGAAGUCACUGCCGCCAUCGGCGCCGCCGCCAGUUGGGCUGGAGUCAUGAACGACUCCGCUUAUCGCGUUGAGACUGCUCCGCGUCUCGCUCAGUGGCGUGUUGAUGCCUUUUCCUCUUCCUCUUAUCGCAAGUCCGAUCCAUUCCGCAUCGGCCUCUGGAACUGGCACUUGACAGUUGAGAGGAAUAAGCAUCUCUUAGUGAAGCUUUAUCCAGAGGUUUCUAACCUGACAAGAGAACAGCCGCCCAUCGCCUCCUUUGUGAUCAAACUAGUUUCCACCUCCUCCCCGAAUCGCAAAACAAUUGUUCACCCAGUAAUUUUUGACAAACAGCUCAAGAGCAACGAUGACUUUGUGUGGGCAGUAGAAAACUUUUUUAGUGGUAGAUUUAUCGUUGAUGUUGAGUUCCUCGAUCUAAAGAUAGCAUCACCAUCUGGAGGUGAACCAUCUUCCAUUUGGAAUAGCUACAACAUCGAGAAACAAUCGGCUGCUACUGCACUUACCUGCUUCAGCCGAAUGCUUUCCGAGGGCAUCCACACCGAUAUCAUCAUCAACGCCACCGAUGGCAGCAUCGGUGCUCAUCGGGCAGUCCUUGCGACGAGAUCCCCUGUUUUCCAGAGCAUGUUCUCCCACAACCUCAAAGAAAAAGAGCUCUCUGCUGUGAAUAUCUCUGACAUGUCCUUCGAAGCCUGUCAAGCUUUCCUCAACUACAUCUACGGUGACUUCAAAGCCGAUGAAUUCCUAACUCAUCGUCUUGCCCUCUUACGUGCUGCAGACAAGUACGAUAUCUCCGACCUCAAGGAGGCUUGCCACGAGAGCCUUUCAGAGGACAUCGAUACAAAGAAUGUACUUGAGAGGCUCCAGACCGCGCAUCUUUACCGGCUGCCGAGGCUGAAGAGCAGCUGCAUGAGGUACUUGGUCAGCUUCAGCAAGAUUUACGAAAUUCACGAUGAUUUCAAUGCUUUCCUCCAAACUGCUGACAGAGAACUCAUAGCUGAGAUCUUUCAGGAGGUUCUCGCCGCCUGGAAAACUUAAUACAAAGUUCGAAUGUGUGUGUUUGUGUCUGUGUUUGUGUGAGAGUUGUGUUGGUUGUUGCUGAAAAUCAUUGUACAGUAUUUAUUCGCCAUUCUUUGGGUGAAGAAGAAGAAGAAGAAGAGUUUCAUGGUUAUUAAUGUGAAAUCUUCCGUUGUUUGCGGAGACUAGACAUGAAGUUAUCUGAUGAAAAAUGUUGGGUUUUGUUGUUUAUGUAAUCAAAAGCUUUUUGUUGUUGUUCAUCUGAAUAAAUUGUUGUUGCUCAAA